CGGGAGGCAGGGGGCGGGGCCGCGCAGGCGCCGUGAGAGGCGGUAGCGGCGGUGGCGGCGGUGGUAGAGGUAGUGGCGGCAGCUGUGAAGGGGUUCCGGGAAGAUGGUGCUGAUUAAAGAAUUCCGUGUGGUUUUGCCAUGUUCGGUUCAGGAGUAUCAGGUUGGGCAGCUUUACUCUGUUGCAGAAGCCAGUAAGAAUGAGACUGGUGGUGGAGAAGGAAUUGAAGUCUUAAAGAAUGAACCUUAUGAAAAGGAUGGAGAAAAGGGACAGUAUACACACAAAAUUUAUCACCUGAAGAGCAAAGUCCCUGCAUUCGUGAGGAUGAUUGCUCCCGAGGGCUCCUUGGUGUUUCACGAGAAAGCCUGGAACGCAUACCCCUACUGUAGAACAAUUGUAACGAAUGAAUAUAUGAAAGAUGAUUUCUUCAUUAAAAUUGAAACAUGGCACAAACCAGACUUGGGAACAUUAGAAAAUGUACACGGUUUAGAUCCGAACACAUGGAAAACUGUUGAAGUUGUCCACAUAGAUAUUGCAGAUCGAAGUCAAGUUGAACCAGCAGACUACAAAGCUGAUGAAGACCCAGCGUUAUUCCAGUCAGUCAAAACCAAGAGAGGCCCUUUGGGACCCAACUGGAAGAAGGAGCUGGCAAGCAACCCUGACUGUCCUCAGAUGUGUGCCUAUAAGCUGGUGACCAUCAAAUUCAAGUGGUGGGGACUGCAAAGCAAAGUAGAAAACUUCAUUCAGAAGCAAGAAAAAAGGAUAUUUACAAACUUCCAUCGCCAGCUUUUUUGUUGGAUUGACAAGUGGAUUGAUCUGACAAUGGAAGAUAUUAGGAGAAUGGAAGAUGAAACUCAGAAAGAACUAGAAACAAUGCGUAAGAAGGGUUCCGUCCGAGGCACGUCGGCUGCUGAUGUCUAGAUGAGUCCCCUGUAGGGUCAGAGACAAUAUCAAACUGUUUACGUAAUCAAGGUCAAGUAAGGGGAACAAGUGCAGCCAGUGAUGAGUGAAGAAGAAUCUGACCAUGUCUCGCAGUGUUGACGUUUCCCAGACGUGUGCUUGUGGUUAUGUGCCCACAGGCACAGGUCCCAACCACGUGUGUAUAUAUGUGUGUCUAUCUGUAGCUGUAUAUAAAACGCAUGUAGAGCUGCAGAUCAAAAUACACACACUAGUGUAUAUAUGUACAUACAUACUGAAGGGAUUAGUACAAUUUCUCCAAAGUACUGUACCUAUCUUCAGCAAGAAUGCAAAAGAAAAUAUUUUCAAUAUAUAUACCUGGAACAGAUUUUAAUAAUUAUCAGAGUAAUACCGUUAAUGGACAAAUUGACUGCAGUGUAAUACUAGCUGGUAUGUUUCAUAAAUGGCAAGUUGUGGACCAAUAUAUAUAUAUGUAGCCUUUUAUUACUUUUCUGUUCUUUUAAAUCAGUCUCUUAUAAAUUUUAAUUUUAGUGCCAUAAUCAACAGACUCCCACAGAAAAAUUUAUUAGAAAUCUUUUGGUAUUCCAAGGAAUUUGGAAUGUAACUCUGAAUGUAUUUAUAAUCAUUUAUUUCUGGAUUUUCAUUAUCAUACAGCCAAACUGGAUAAUAUCUAUUAGUAAGUAGUAGAGUUACAGACCAAUUUUUACUUGUUUGCCCCAAGGAAAGAUCCUUUUAAAAAAAUUCCAUUUUUUAUUGGAUUUUUGUAUGUUGAAUUUCAAGUAUUUUUCUACAUCAAGUCUAGCAAAAAUGGAAAUGACAGUCUGUGAUUUAUAACAAACACUAUACAAUUUGCAGGCUUCUGUUAGGCAAAGAAAGAAAUUGAUAAAGAAAUUAAUAGGAUUGUAGGCUGUUUAGAAAAAUUGGACGUACAGCACUUCCAUGGAGUCUUGUUUCUGAAAUGACUGCUUUCUGAAAUUACAGCUUGGAAACUAUGCAAAGGAUCUAGAUUCCUCACAGCUUACACGGUAGAAUAUAGAUAGUGAUGACAUUUUGCUCUUUUCAUGUUGAAAUAUACUUUAAGGGGGAGAUGCUGCCUUUGAGAUAAGAAGAGGUUCAGAGGCAGCAUGAGGCUUGUCUGCACAUGGUUAGGAGGCCCUGCCAGGGGCCAGCGCAGUUCCACCCGUUGGGAUGUGCUCUCAAGUAGGGUGUCAUUAGAACAUAUCCUGAAAAAGCAUCAUGAAAAUGACGGUUAGAAGCUGCUGCCCCUUUUUUCUUUCUUUUUUCCUUUUUUUUUAAAGAAAGGAACAAUAGCUAGGUAAGAUUUUUAUUAUCUUUCUCUGUCCAAAUCCAGUUUUUCUCCUGUCAGUCCUGGGAGCUUGAAUAGAGUGGUAUUGUUGAAGCCUUCAAGUCACAAACCAUCUUCUUUAACCUCCCGUCCCUCCUACAGCACACAAGCCCCUACGUGGUCAUAUCACAUUAGUAAUCUGAUUUGCUGACAGUCCUGCCCUCCCUGCUCCUUGUUUUCCCACGACCUGUGUCCCCACUGAAGUGAUCACAGUGACUUAGACAAGGAUGUUUAGGAUCACUCCUGCGCUGUGAUACCCUUUAUCCUCAGCUGCAGACCCCACGUCGCACAUGUCCUCUGUGUACUCAGGAUCAAGACUGAUGUUUACUCUCUGGGCACCGUUGUAGGAUAGGUUUUGUCAAAGCAUAAUCAUUGUCUGCAAAGUGAUGCCAGGAAGAUUAUUGCUAAUUUUGCGAAAUAAAGAGUCUAGCCUUCUCCUUUUAAUGAACUUAACUCUCGCUGGCGUCUGUAGCAUCAUUGGGAGCUUAGACGCACACGGAAAUGAGAGCCCAGCGCAUGGAUUUUAAUGUUUUUCUAACAACUGUGGAGAUUUGAGGGAAUGUGUGGUGAAUGUAAAAUAUCUAGUUUACUUGGCAGUCUCUUGUGUAAAUUACAGUAAAACAAAGUAAAUGAAAUUUAAACAAAAAAUAAAUUUGAUCACAAAAUGCCACUUGUGUGCCUGAGUGGUUGUUUCCCUGAUGCCACGUCUGGUUUAGAACACUGUGGACGACUUCUCUGCUGUUUUUUCAAGAAUUCUCUAAUUUGCAGCACUACCACUCUGGAAAAAAAAUUUUUUUUAAUUUGUCCUUAAAAUCUGAGCAGUAAAGAAGGAUUAUAUAUUAGUCUCAGGGGGUUUUAAAAACUAUUCUUAAAGGGGAAAAAUAAGGAAAAUCCACAGUAUUUUUUAAAGUACUCAGUAAGCAUUUUGCUGUUAGAUUCUGCUAAUUUCAAGAUCGUGGCUUUUUGGUUUGGGGCCAUGUUUUACAUCUCCUCUUUUAGGACUUGGUCACUUCAAAUCUUCCAGUUUUGGACACGUAACAACUAUUUUCUUGUGGUGCCAACUUACAUUCUAGAGCGGUUCAACCUUCAGAGAGGUGGCCAGGUAUCUGGAUAGAUUUAAUAAAAUGUUUUAUUUCCAGGG